UUGAGUUUGACAGCAAACAUAGCAACGGGGAAAUAUAAUUUUGUACAGUGUAUUUGUUAAUUAUUUUAGAUUUGUGCAUAGUUAAAGAACGGUGAACUAAAUAACAUAAAAUUUAUCAACACUUUUUAAUGGGGACAAACUGUCUUCGAUAGCGUCUUAUAAGCAAUAUGACGUCUCAAAUGACAAACGACAUAGGUGACAUAGGAAUGACAAACACAGAAGCGGAUUCCUCGCAAGCACACGCACAAGAAGCUACAUCAAGUGCAACUCCAGAUGACGCGACUUCUAGCAAUGCAACCACCCCUUCAGGCAGCGAAGGAGCCUCAAGACAAUCCAACCUUCAAAGAAUCCAGCAGAGAAAGCAGCAAGUGUACAACUGGCCACAUAACAAGAAGCUUCUCAAACUGGCCAUAUACUCUGCCUGUCAAACUCCGGAAUGUUCCUGCAAUGGAUGGAAGGCACCGGUAGCACAACAGCCUGCGAAAGCAAAUGCCAGAACUGACCAGCCUUUAGCCAAUUUUACUGAUCCAUGUCGCAAUUGUAAUCAUAUUUUAGAAAAACAUGUGACCCACCUGCAAGGACUGGCUGUGUCUGAGGUGAAUCGAUUAUUAGGAGCUGUUGUUGAUGUAGAAAACAUAUUCAUGUCUAUGCAUAGAGAGGAUGACCAUGACACAAAGAGGGUUUAUUACUUUUUAUUUAAGCUGCUCCGAAAGUGUAUUCUAACAAGAACACAACCUCGUAUAGAGGGUCCAUUAGGACAGCCGCCUUUUGAAAGGCCUUCGAUAGCAAAGGCUAUUACUAAUUUUGUUCUGUACAAAUUUAAUUCGCUAGCACAACGUGAGUGGCAGACAAUGUAUGAUUUAGCCAAAAUGUUCCUGCAUUGUUUCAAUCAUUGGAACUUUGAAACACCCAGUGUUAGGAAAUUGCAAGUUUCAAAUCAAGAAGAUAUAUCCGCAUAUCAAAUAAAUUACACAAGAUGGUUAGUAUUCUGCCAUGUACCAGCAUUCUGUGACUCACUACCUCACUUUGAAACAUCUCUAGUCUUCGGGAGGACGUUACUAAGAGCUGUGUUUAAAUCAGUCUGUCGUCAAUUAAUGGACAAAUGUCAUUCUGAACGGGACAGAAUGCCACCGGAGAAGAGGGUAUUAGUCCUGACACACUUCCCACGUUUCCUGGCUUUACUUGAAGAGGAGAUUUUUAGCAGCAACUCCCCCAUCUGGGACCCGGACUACAAGCAAGUGCCUCCAAACCAUCUACAAGCUAUAUUGGACAAUAAAAACAGUGUUCGUCGCACGGGCGAGUUUGAACGUGUGACCCCGUCCGGGGAGAGCAAAGAUGGAUUCACUACAGUCACUUUGUCAUCAGGUUCAAUAAAGCAGGAAGGUACGAAGCGUAGUGUGAGCGGCGCGGGCGAAGCAGGCGGCAAGCGGCGGAGGUUGGACGAUGAUGACGUCAGCGAGCGCACUGUCGCAGAGAUAGUCGCUACUAUCACAGAUCCUAACUAUAUGUGCGGCCCUGAUGCGCUGUUCCAAAUGCAAGCGCCGCGCGACGAGGCCGCCAAGUUGGAGGAGCAGCGCAAGAUGAUUGAGUUCCACGUGAUAGGGAACUCCCUCACUGGACCCGUCAACAAGCAGACCAUGCUCUGGCUCAUUGGUCUUCACAACGUAUUCUCUCAUCAGUUGCCAGAAAUGACAAAAGAGUAUAUUUCACAAUUAGUUUUCGAUCCCAAACACAAGACAUUGGCUCUUAUAAAAGAAGGUCGACCUAUUGGUGGGAUUUGCUUCCGAACAUUUCAUUCACAGGGUUUCAGUGAGAUCGUGUUCUGUGCGGUGACGUCCAACGAGCAGGUGAAGGGUUACGGCACUCAUCUCAUGAACCACCUCAAGGACUACCACAUACGGAACAACAUCCUGCAUUUUCUAACAUUCGCUGACGAAUUCGCUAUCGGUUACUUCAAGAAGCAGGGCUUCAGCAAGGACAUAAAGCUGCCGCGUGCAAUGUACCAGGGCUACAUAAAGGACUACGAGGGCGCCACUCUCAUGCACUGCGAGCUCAACCCACGCAUUGUAUAUACACAGUUCACAUCUGUCAUACGACGACAGAAAGAGAUUGUUAAAAAAUUGAUCGACAUGCGUCAGAAAGAGAUCAGGAAAAUUCAUCCCGGACUUACUUGUUUUAAAGAAGGCGUUCGCAAUAUCCCCAUAGAAUGUAUCCCGGGGUUACGAGACAGCGGGUGGCGAAGCACUAGAGGCGCGGGGGCGGAGCCCGAGCCUGACGCGGAGCCCGCGACACUACGCGCCGUGUUGCAUGCGGUAAAGAACCACGCGGCGGCUUGGCCGUUCCUGAAGCCUGUAGACAAGACUGAAGUCCCCGACUACUAUGAUCAUAUCAAAUAUCCCAUGGAUCUACGUACAAUGGGCGAGCGUUUAAAGUCCAGAUAUUACGUAUCAAAGAGACUGUUCAUAGCGGACAUGACUCGGAUAUUCACCAACUGCAGGCUUUACAACUCUCCAGAUACAGACUACUACAGAUGUGCGAAUCUCUUGGAGAAAUAUUUCCAAACGAAGAUGAAAGAAGUUGGUUUGUGGGAUAAAUGAUGGCUGAACGAGUUUGUACAAAUCUCAAGUACAUAAUGUAUAUAUAGGACUUUUAUAUAACAAGAUAGUGUAUUUUUAGUGCCAAUAGACUUAUGAUUAAAGUUACGGACUGCUAAAUAAGUUGUAGGUUCGAAUCCAUUAUGACUAUUAUCAUAUAUAUAAGUUUAAUUGGAAUGGUUAAAAUAUUAGACAGUAUGAGUUUUGAAUUAGAAUGGGUGAACUCGAUCUGUCAAAAAUUGCUGUCAAAAAGUACAAUU